AAUGAUCGAUCCAAGAUCCGCCAGUGGCACUGGCAGAGUAGCUUUGUUGCUCUUUCUCUUUGUUUGAUUUUGUUUCGGUAUACGACAAUAACACUAGUAGAAUGCUAUCGAUAAAUGUUGUACACGAGUGCUGGCCAAUUUUGAUGAAUUUUCGCAAUGAAUUCACGCUGGAAAUGAGCUCUUAGAUGGAGUCAAUGUAGCCAGUAGGAGAAGAUAUGUGCGAAAUCGAUUUUUGUUAUGUAUUUAGUGAUUUGAGUGUACGGUGGUUUUAGUGUAUGGACUAUGGACAUGGAAACGUGAAUUUAUGAGGAAGACACUCCCCUAUGUUGGCAUACGAGGAAGUAUUAGAUGAGAUAUUCUCGGGACGAUGAAGAAACAUCUGGUGGCAGCAAUUUUGUUCUCUCUGGCGGUUGCAACUCACGAGCUUGAUCCUUCACAAUGUCUCACACCCCUUGGCAUGGAGAAUGGCAUGAUUAAGGACGAGUACAUUACUGCCAGUUCUUCCUUCGACCACGAAAACGUCGGACCACAUCAUGGAAGGAUACGAAAUGAACUGCACGGCGGCGCCUGGUGUCCCCUCACCCCAGCAACCCCCGACUUGAAGGAGUGGAUAGAGAUAGACCUGCAAGAUGUGUUCGUUAUUACCGCAACCGGUACACAGGGUCGUUUCGGAAAUGGACAAGGGGUGGAAUUCACCGAGUCCUACAUCCUUGAAUAUUGGAGACCAAGCCUGAACAAGUGGAUGAGAUACCACAAUAGAACCGGAAAUGAAGUGAUGAAAGGGAACAUGAACACCUAUCUAGAAUCUAAAACGCACUUAGAUCCCCCAAUGUGGGCUAGCAAAAUAAGGUUUCUACCCUUCAGCCAUCACCAUCGGACCGUCUGCAUGAGGGUUGAAGUCUACGGUUGUAGAUGGACUGAAGGACUCUUGAGUUACUCCAUGCCCCAAGGCGAUAAAAGGGGGAACAAUUGGGAAUUCUUCGACGUCACUUACGACGGACAAUGGAGCGGGGAUCAACUGCGGUACGGACUAGGUCAGCUGAUUGAUGGUAAAGUGGGCCCAGACGACUUCAAAGUAGCCUUCCACAACCUCAACCUCCAAGGUUGGGUCGGAUGGAAGAACGAUCUCCGAAAAUCCCCAAUCGAAAUCGUCUUCGAAUUCGAGAAAGUUCGCGAGUUUAACGCCGUUCACAUCUAUUGCAACAAUCAGUUCACCAAAGACGUCAGAGUGUUCGCCGAGGCUCGCGUUUUCUUCAGCGUGAACGGCAAGAAGUACACGGACGAACCGAUAACGUACAAUUACAUCGAAGAUCUGAUCUUCGAGACGCCUCGCAACGUUUCGAUCAAGCUGCAUCAUCGCGUGGGGAGGUUCGUGAAGAUCCAGCUCCAUUUCGCGUCCAGGUGGAUGCUGGUGAGCGAGAUCACCUUCGAAUCGACCGUCAUGGACAGGAGGUUCAGUGAAACAGGGGAACAAGAAGAGAUAAAUAUUUUAGAUGACCAAAUUUCUACUCCAGGGAUCACAACGAAUAAUGAGAUCAGCGCGGUGGAUGCUCAACGGGACUUGGUCGAUUAUUUGGGCGUAGUCGCCGGUUUAUUGUUAGUGCUUCUAUUUUUCGUGAUUGCCGCUGUAGCAGCGGUCGUAAUUAAGCAGAUGCGUAGAAAAUCGUCUUCGAGGUCGUCUCAAGUGCCAAUCAGAUGCGAUAAGGCUGUUUUAUAUCAGGAAUCGACGGCCGAAAGGUACUCGAGAAGUUCGGACUACGCAGACAUAAAAGACUGUGAAUACGCGGUCCCGCUUCAGCAAGAUUACUGUCACCCCCUUCCGCUUCUCUCGGAAUCACCCCUCAAGCAAUCACCCUCGGAGCAUUACUACGCCGCCACUGAAAUAUGCAACGCUGGCUUCAUCCCCCCGCCGCCCCCGUUGUCGACUCCGCCGUCUCUGAAGUUUGGCAGACAGCCCAAAUUCUACGUUUCGAGUACAUCGAGAAUGCAUAUUGGACCAUAACCUGUGAUAUGUUUCUUAUAGCCUAGCAAACUUUAUUUCUUAAGGUGGAGAUAAUAGGAAGACUGAGGUGAAUCUUAUUACUGCCGUGCUUGUUUUAUUGGACGAAGUCGACAAUCACAAUCACUCAAUGUUAGAGGCCUUUACAGAAGAGAGUUUAAUUAAUAUAGUUAAACUAAGAAUUUUGCAUGCACAACGAUGAAACUCCCGCUAUAAAUGCUGCAUCAUUUCAGAGAAACACCCCUAUUGUGUCCCUUGACUAUAUUAUUAAGCACAAGUCUGAUGCAGUAUGUUUGUUUUCCAUAUCAAUUCUAGUGAAUCUGUGAUUUCUGAUCAAUGAAUUAUUGAUAAGUAGAUUAUUCGAUAAAUAGGACAGUACUAUGUCCUCACAUCAAUAACGAACUCUUCGCAUUUGCAAUAAAUAAUGCAUUAUGUAUAUUUA